UUUAACGUUAGGCUAUGGGGGAAAAUUGGCGCCCACCGUCGAGGGACGAAUUCCGGGAGAUGGCAGCUCGAAACAUUCCCGAGGUUUUUCCAGGGAUUCUGCGGCAAUGGCCCGCAUUUGAGCGGUGGAAUCCAGCCACUGGCGGUGUCGAACAUCUUAAGGAAAUCGCAGGAGAACCUCUAGUGCAAGCAAUGGUGAGCACCGAUGGUUCUACGGUGAUAUUAGAAGCCAUGAAAGAGUGGCGUUGCCUUUCAGAGAAUAUCUAGACAUGGUUUUGUCACCUGGAGAGCACAACGAUCAGUUUUAUCUGGCACAGGUUCCUAUACGCGUGAAAGACUCAACGGAGAAACCUCCGCUCGCUUCUCUGGAAUCCGAAAUCUCCGUGCCAGAGUUCCUGGACGAGGAUGCGGUCUCAAACAUCAACCUUUGGAUGAGUUCGACGUCUUCUCGGUCAAGCAUACAUUAUGAUCCAUACCGCAAUGUGCUUGGAGUCGUGAUGGGUCAGAAGAAAGUUACUCUGUGGCCUCCUGAUGCGGCGCCAUACCUGUACCCCAAGCCACUGUAUGGAGAAGCUUCGAACCAUAGCGAGGUGAACUUUGUUGAACCAGACUACCAGAAAUAUCCACGCUUUAGAGAUGCAUCAAAACACAGUCUGGUUCUGGUAGUCGAUGCUGGCAGUGCAGUUUUUAUACCAGAGGCUUGGUUCCACCAAGUGGACAGUGCUGCUCUAACCAUUGCCGUAAACUUUUGGUGGGCGUCUAAACAAUCUUACGCAUUCGACACGCCCAUGGAUUCAUAUUACUUGCGGAGGAUUUUAAUGAGUCUUUUGGACGCCGAAAAGGUCAACAAGCAACAAUUGUCGAUGCAAUUUACUUAUAUUGUUCUACAGAGAUCGAUGCUCGGAUGGAAUCCUCACGUGGAUGUAGAAGGUGAUCUUGAUGACGUGCAAGGAGUAGAAGAUCUUACCGUGAACAGCUUGAGUUCACUAGAAACAAAACAACUUCACGUCAUACUAUCCUGCGUAGCGGUCGCAGUGAACAAUGGCAAUUGUGAGGACGAUCCUGUCGCAAAUGUGUUUCUAAAUACGAGCCCUCGAAGCCUUCGUCGAAUCUUUCUUACGAUGGUGACUACAUUUCCUCGUUCACUAGAAGCACUCGUAUUGCAUGCUCUCAGUCCUGUCGCUGCAGAACUUUUGACAAAACAGUUUGAAGAGAUGGACUCGAUUGCUUCUGAAGCAUCACAAGGAGAGUUCUACAAGCACUUUUACAGUGUUUUUGACGACUCCAGUGUCGCAAUGGCUGCGCUCCUCGAUAGGAAGGAAGCGUUCGCAUCAAAGGCUUUGGACAGUGUCAUGGAGAAAUUUCUGGGAUAUAAGCUUCACUGACGGUGAGCUUUUGUAAAUCAAUUUUGAAACAAGGCGCUUCUCAGGUAUCCUUUCGAGUACAUUUUAUCGAAUCGGGUCUCCUUUGGAUGCAGAUAAAAGCAGCUAGUGUGUAUUUAAAUGUUAAAGCUAACUGGCCCUAGACAGUCGUGAUGGGUUCGUUAGCAACUUCACUUGGGAUAGUGCUGCUGUCCCUAGCCGUAGCAGCUCUUCUAUCUUGGAAACGAAUUCCAGGAGCACCGGCUGAUUUUGUCAUCACGAACUGCAGUAUCUGGACUGCAGACAAGGAUGUUCCAUGGGCAGAAUCCAUGGCUGUGAGACGGGGAAGAAUCCUUACGCGUGGGCUGUCAAGAUAAGCGUUUGUUUUCCUCGGUAUCUCUAUUCACGAAUUUUCAUGCUUGUAGGACGUUGCCUGUUCUGAUACCGAAUUCCGUGAUCUCGAGGGGCAGUUUGUGGUGCCUGGUUUCAUUGAUUCUCAUGUUCACUUUAUUCCUGGGGGCCUGCAGCUACUAAGAUUGGAUCCUCAACACACACAUCUAGAGUUCACACAAAAAGUUCAACAUGCUGCUCAUGGGCUCGAGCCAAAUGAGUGGCUUCAAGGAUUUGGAUGGAGCAACGAACACUGGGGAGGUGAGUGGCCAGAUUCAUCCUGGAUUGAUAGUGUCACCGAAAACAAUCCGGUGUGGCUCAGCAGGAUGGACGGUCACAUGGGCCUUGUAAAUAAAGUUGUCAUGGAGAUUUGUGAUUUGAAGAGCGUUAAAGACGAUCCAGUUGGUGGGAGCAUUGUGAGAGAUGAAGAUGUUCCAACUGGUUUACUCGUUGAUGCUGCUAUGAUAUUGUUAACUUCUUGUCUUCCUAAACCGUCAUUGGAGCGGCUCUGGCAAGAGCAAGCCAGUAUGCUGUCUCUAAAGGCGUCACCUCAGUAGUUGACUUCGGAUCAUACUUUCCUGGUGGAUCAAUCAAAGAUUCAUGGAACGA